GCUGCAGACAAGGGAAUGCCUGUGGUCCUGCGUGCUCCAGAGCUCGGGGGCCCCCUGAUCCCGUCAAGCCCCCUCCAGGAUCGGAAGGGUUAAGAAUGAUGAGGAAGAAGAGGAAGCGAGGAGCGUCCCCCAGUCCAUGCCGCAGCCACGGCCACGGCCACGAACCCGACACGGCGCCCGCACCGCCGCCCUCGCCCGAGCCCACGAGACCUGCAUGGACGGGCAUGGGCUUGAGAGCAGCACCUUCCUGCGCCGCUGCCGCCGCCUCCGCUGCCGCCGCCGGGGCUGAGCAGCGCCGCCGCCCCCAGCUCUGCCCGCCGCCCCUGGCGUUGCUGCUGCUGCUACUGCUCAGCCUCGGGCUGCUCCACGCAGGUGACUGCCAACAGCCGGCCCAGUGUCGAAUCCAGAAAUGUAGCACGGACUUUGUGGCCCUGACUUCGCACCUGAACUCUGCCAUUGACGGCUUUGACUCUGAGUUUUGCAAGGCUCUGCGUGCCUAUGCUGGCUGCACCCAGCGAACUUCAAAAGCCUGCCGUGGUAACCUGGUAUACCAUUCUGCUGUGUUGGGUAUCAGUGACCUCAUGAGCCAGAGGAAUUGUUCUAAGGACGGACCCACAUCCUCUACCAACCCUGAAGUGACCCAUGACCCUUGUAACUAUCACAGCCACGCAGGAGCCAGAGAACACAGGGGAGGGGAUCUGAACCCUCCUGGUUACCUUUUUUGUGGCUUGUUCGGAGAUCCUCACCUUAGAACUUUCAAGGAUCACUUUCAGACGUGCAAAGUGGAAGGAGCCUGGCCACUCAUAGAUAAUAAUUAUCUUUCAGUUCAAGUAACGAAUGUGCCUGUGGUCCCUGGAUCCAGUGCUACUGCUACAAAUAAAAUCACCAUCAUCUUCAAAGCUCACCGGGAGUGUACAGAUCAGAAAGUGUACCAAGCUGUGACCGAUGACCUGCCGGCUGCCUUUGUGGACGGCAGCACCAGCGGCGGGGAUGGCGACACCAAGAGCCUGCUUAUCUUGGAGAGGGAGAGUGGCCGCUACGUGGAGAUGCACGCCCGCUACAUAGGGACCACUGUCUUCGUGCGGCAGCUGGGUCGCUACCUGACGCUCGCCAUCCGCAUGCCUGAGGACCUGGCUAUGUCCUACGAGGAAAGUCAGGACCUGCAGCUGUGUGUCAACGGCUGCCCCCUGAGCGAGCGCAUCGACGACGGGCAGGGCCAGGUGUCUGCCAUCCUGGGGCACAGCGUGCCUCGCACCUCACUGGCACCGGCCUGGCCGGGCUACACACUGGAGGCUGCCAAUGCCCAGUGCCACGAGAAGAUGCCAGUGAAGGACAUCUAUUUCCAGUCCUGUGUCUUUGACCUGCUCACCACUGGUGAUGCCAACUUCACCGCCGCUGCCCACAGUGCCUUGGAGGACGUGGAGGCGCUGCACCCGCGGAAGGAACGCUGGCACAUUUUCCCCAGCGGCAGCCAGGGGACGCCCCACGGACGCGGCCACUGGGCUGUCAGCCUCGGACUCCCAUGCUUGAUCUUCAUUGUGUUUUUGUAGGGGUCGUCUUUUGUGUUUUUUUGGGUUUUUCUUUUUGUCUAUAACAGAAUUUUAAAAUAUAUAUUGUCAUAAUAUAUUGAGUAAAAGAGUAUAUAUGUAUAUACCAUGUAUAUGACAGGAUGUUUGUCCUGGGGCACCCACCAGAUUGUACAUACUGUGUUUGACUGUUUUCAUGUAUGUUGGAGGUAGUGUUCUUUGAUUGUACUGAUUUUGUUUGGCAGUUUUGUGAAAUAUUUUAUAAUGUCCCUGCCUGGGGACCUGUUAGAAAGCACUUUAUUUUUUAUAUAUUAAAUAUUUAUGUGUGUACCUGGUUAGUACGUAUAGUACAUAUACACAGACACCAUAUGCAGCGUUCCCUUCGGAGAUGCCCAGUGACAGUGGUGAUAUGUUCCUGGCCCUUCAAUCCUGCCUUUUCCCUUGGCUACUGAUCUGCCUCCCUGGGGGUGCAGCUUUCACUCGCCGCCUUCUGGGGGAAGCUGCGUCCUUCCUGUGAGCUAGGGGGUGUCUUUAGCCUCCUCCUGCCCUCACUCGGUGUGGACGGACAGCCAAGUCCCAUGACAGGCACUUUGGCUUUUGUGAAGCAACGCACACAACGCAUCUCGAAGGAACCCUCGCCCUCCUUCACCGCUGUCACUUUCUCAGAGGGCAGGGAGAAUAUCACUACAGUUUUACGAACUAAGAUCUUGUGAUCUGAGCACUUACCGUAUGUGGGGUUGAGCCAGACAAAACUGCUGUUCCAAUAGGUCAGAACGGUCUAGAGGUAGCAAUUUCACAGAUAAAUAAAUACCAGGCAUUUUGUUAGACCCCAGGAGCUCUCAGACUUUUCCUCACCCCAUGUCCCUGUUGUGUCUUUCACACCUUGCUUUUCUAAUUCGUGCAAGCCCAAGUUCCUUGCCUUCUGGUCCUUGGUUGCUUCUGCUCAGAAGCAACCCUGUCUGCACUCCACCCCAUCCCAGUAAACCCUCCUUAAUCUCACCUUAUGAACCCAGAGAUCAGGCUUUGUUGGAUUCUUGCUUCAUAUCAAGGCCCUGCUUCAGUCACAAAGGCCCUGCCACUCCUCCUCGCCCUCCACACCACGGUCUUCGUAACAGUCGCCGAUGUAUCUAUGCAUGGUGGAAUGAAUAGGGUGUUAGACGACAGGAACACUGUCCUGGCCUGAACCAGGAGGCGACUAAGUGGGUGCUGGUUAAUCCAGACAUUCUCACUAAACCAUAUUGCUCCUUGGGAGGUCUUUUUAUCAGAUAAGCUCCCUCUUAACAUCUGUAGUGAAUAUCCUUUAGUCAGUUGCUCAUUUAAUUUGGUAAAAUUCCUAUAAAGUAUCUCCUUGCCUCUUGCCUUUCACUGUUGUCAUGCUCUUGCACAGGAAGAGCACCACCAACAAAAUUCAAGAACCAUGAGGCAGGUCACCUACCUUCUAGGGUAGGUCACUUUCUCUUGUGUGUCUGUAAAUGUUUGGUACCAAGGAGAAAGGAGACAAUUUCUAGUUUAAGUGCAAGAAGAAGGUAAUGAACUUUAAAUACCACAGCAGUUUGGAUCCAGACUGUGCUCCGUUUUAGAUAGCCAGGUAAUUUCUGCCUUUUGCCAUGUCCCGUUCAUUAGGCUUACUGCCAGAGGCCCCAACUGGCAGGAAAAGAGGAUUUCAGGUUGUGAAAGUCUAUUUCUUAUGAACUGAGCUAUCAUCCGAACACAGGACGGAGCUGUGGGUUCAUGGGUAGGCGGCAAGCCUCCGCUCGUUUUCUAGUGUAUGACAGAAUCACUUGGCAAGUCUGGGAAAAAUCACAAAGGCAUCCUGCCACUUCUUUGACGAAGAUGCAACACGAGAGAACUGAAACCUACACCCGGUAACCUUUUUAUAAAACUGGACAGGGGCCCACCUGCCAUCACCUCUAAACUGGGGCUGUUUUGGUUCACCUAUGGAACCAUGUGCCAGGAUCAGAAGCUAGUUAGCUAGCAACUUUGUUAUGUAAUUGAAUAGAACAGAGGAGGAAAAAUAGAGUACUUACAACCACUAUUCUUGUACAAACAGUAUGAAAGUGAAGUAAAAGCAGUAGAACUUUCUACAGUAUCUGGCUUUCGAGUGUUUAUGGUUAAAAGAACCUGUGUCCUUUUCAGGGAAAGUCAAACCACCACCUCUACAGUUGGGGAAAGACACUUACGCUGUGCAGCCAUAUAGAGCUGGGAAGGCCACUUAAAAGCAUUCUCUAUCACUACUAGUAUUUACACCAGUGUAUUUGGCUAUUGCCCUUUACAGCCAGUGUUCCUGCACAACAUUUACAAUCCCCACAGAUAACUGACAAAUACAGAUGCUUCUCUAGAGAAGGACCAGAUCGUUUUUCCAUUUCCUCUUCUGUCUAGAACUUUUAGAGAAAAUAGUACUUGUACAUUUUACUUUUUUAAAUCCUCAGCCCAGAGAGUUUCAGGUUGUAUCAACACGUGGAUAGGCUGUAGCUAUUCAGAGGUCUCUUGGGGGAGCUUAAAAUUGGGGGAAAACACUGGUUUUCACAGAUGCUCCACAUGGCUGUCUUUUAAAAGACUCAAAACUUUCUUUUGUCCUUUUCUUGUCUUUGUUAUGCUUGGAAAUUCCCCGUGUGUCGAGUCUUUGCAAAGAAACCUUUAGAUGUGGUUCAUAGGUAUAUGAAUAAGUAUCUGUGUAAAACAGUGUGUGUGCAGUGUGUAAAUACUUUAAAUUAUUAUGCUAGAAAAAUAAAGUUACAUACCAUGCUGUGGAA